AUGGGCGGUGCCGCCACGAACGGACAUUUGGAGGUCGUGCAAUGGCUACACUUUAACAGAGGGCUGCAGCAAGGCGGCGAUUGGCGGAGCUGCAGCUUAAAUGUGGUGCAGUUUUUGCUUUUGGAAUUCCGCCGUCAAGACGAGAUGCAACGGGCCUUCACUGCCGCCACCAGUUGCGGUCAUGUUGCCAAGUGGGUCAAGACAACGUAUCCAGAGAAAUUAAGCGACACGGACACGCAACCUGGUCGUAAAAGGGUGGUCAAGCUAUUCGAACGGAAGUUAAAACACCCUCGGGACGCCAAGACAACACACCUGAAGAAGAAGGCCAAGCGCCGACAUCGUCGCUAUUAA